UGCACCGGCUUGGCGCGCGGCCAAAGGGCUCCUGCGCCCACUUUUGCCAGCCAAGAGAAUCGGCUUAAGUUGGAUUCCGCGCAAUUGUUUCCACGCUUCCUUCCACGAGGGAGGCUUGUGGGCUCGGGCGUCUUGGAGGGGGUUCGGAAUUAUCCGCGGGCUCCUGCUGGAAGCGCCUGGACCCGCCUGGCGGCGGGAGGGCAGGUCACCUUCACGAAGCGCAAGUUCGGGUUGAUGAAAAAGGCCUACGAACUCAGUGUUCUUUGUGACUGUGAGAUUGCCCUCAUCAUCUUCAACAGCACCAACCGCCUCUUCCAGUACGCCAGCACCGACAUGGACAAGGUGCUCCUGAAGUACACCGAGUACAACGAGCCACACGAGAGCCGGACAAACUCGGAUAUCUUGGAGACUUUGAAAAGGAAGGGUGUCGGCCUCGAAGGCCUGGGGGCGGACGUCGGAGGGGCUUCCGAACUUCCCGGGUAUCCGAGGCAGCUUGGGGAGAGUGCGGGUCUCAGGCCGGCACCGCCAAAGCUUAGGCCGGCCACGUCUUCAUCUCGUCUUGAGGGGCCCCCCACAGAAACCCCCCUCUCUGGGGCCAAGCAGUGGGCAAGCAGCCCUGGGAAUGCCCCUCUUCCACAGGCGUUUCCACCUGCUCUCCCCAAACCCUACGGCCUGGUUUCUAGACGCUCUCAAGCGACAGGUAUCAGAGGACCCAUCAUCCCCCACAGCCAGCUCAGCCACAUGGUGUUGAGCAAAACCCCUCCGCCAUUGCAUGGGGAAGCCGAUCACCGUUGGAUGGAAGGGCCCCGGUCCUGCGCCGGAAGCAUCCGAGGGCCUGACGGUUCAGCCCCUUCUGGUCUCCAAGGGAGAAGCCCCGUGCUGCUCACGCGAAGCUCCUGCCUCCCAGGUCACAGUCUUCCGGGUGACUCCUUCCUGUCCUCCGGCCCUGCAGAGUUUGAUCCGGAGGAGAGCCGAUCCCCCGCCUCCGGCAUGCAGGCAAAGCCCACGGCUCUGUGGGAGCCCCGAGACAAGGUCAUGAUCACGCUCCAGGCUCUGGGGGCAGGGGGCCGGAUGAGUGGCCGGACUCUGGCGCCCCCUGGUUCCCCUCCCUCACAACCCUCGGUCAGGGUCAAAUCGGAGUGGAUCUCCCCUUCGGACAGCUGUGCCGCCAUGGCCCCGAAGCCCGUCUGUGCUUUCCUGCCACCCCUGAGUCAUGUCCCCAUAGACUUUUCCCCGGGGGGUGAUUUUUCUAAAUCUUACCUUCAUCCAUGCUUUCUCUCACAGCCUUUGGUGGAGGAACAUCUCAAGGUUCCCACACGUCCGCUGCAACCCACAAUACAUGACUGGUAAAGAGAGUGGCAACAGACAAGGCAGAAAGACAGACAGUGGGACCCCAGUAUCCACGGGAUCCAUAUCCACGGAUCCUUUUAACCACAGUCUGAAAAUAUUCAAAGCCUUAAAAAGAAAAACCCUAGAAAUAAAGAUUUCCAAAGAUGAAGUCAGCAAAACUGGCUGCUAGAGGCAACCAGAUCCCAUGCUGUGUAUAAGUUCCGAUAUCAUAUUGUUUGCUAUAAUCCACAUUUUUCCGCAUCAGCAGAUGGGGGGGGGAGCUUGAAAUUGAUUCCCCAUGGAUCUGGGGAUCCGAAUGUAUUGGUAUUUUUUUUAGUUUCAUAUUUAUGUGUGUCUUCUGUGCCAUCAAAUCAGAAGUGACUUAUUGCAACCUUUCAAGUGAAGUGAGAUAUUUCAGGA